AUACAGAAGAAGAAAAGGAUUAAUUCCGAAUCCGAUCAACCUCCCAAAUUGGCAAUCACUGACCAAAGUUUGGGGGUUGCACUGCUAGGGCACAGAUGCUACGGCUGCCAUUGACAUCUCCAGGACUCACCAUUUGAGUCAGCCCCAGCGAAACUGACGUUCCUGGCCCACAUGUAAGUGCUGACGGGGCAGCUGACGAGGCACCGGGCGAGCCAGACUCCGACCGGUCCGGUCGGUAGAUAAGCCGGGCAAUCCGCGAGCCCAUUCUGCGCGCGAAAAGCAAGUAUCAUUUCCCUCCAUUCGCGCCUUCACGGGCGGCGGCGGCGGCAGCUUGGAGCUCGCCGGUGGGAAGGAGCUCUUGCCCGCGAAGGAGCAUGUCGGCGGAACACUGCAAUGGAUAAUGAGGGGAGUUGCCGCUUCUAUGGCAAAGUUCCUAUCGACAUUGACAAUGUGGAGUUCUGUGGUGUGGAGGUGGACACGAAGCUGAAGUGCCGCCAUGGGUUGCAGCCAGUUCGUAGGGUUGCCUUUGAGGGCACUGAUACAGGCCGACGCUUCAUCAGUUGUUGUAUUGAGGAUGCUGACAGGUGCGAUUUCAUCUGUUGGUAUGAACCUGAAUGGCCCAUGACAAUGAAGAAUGCUCUUCAAGCUUUGUGGAAGAAGCUAGAUGAGAAGGAGCAGAGUAUGUACUGUGAGAUUGAUUCGUUGUUGAAUCACAUGUUAUAUGAGAAGUUGAAGGCAGAGAAAGAAAAAGAAGAUGUGGAGACUGAAAUAGCAGAAAUUGUAGCUGAAUUUGAGGAGAAGCUGCAGGUUAUGAGGACAACUGUCGAGAAGAAGAACAAAUGGUUCAUGAUUUCAGUUAGCUGCAAUGUAGUGAUGCUUGGAGUUUUAGCUUCUGUGUUUGCUCUCAAAACAUGAUGUGUAAUCUGUGUUUGCUCUCAAAUCAUGAUGUGUAAUCUGUCACAAUGAAUGUGCACUCAAUAUGUUGGCUGUUGUUUAUUAUGAAUGAAUAUCAUCUGUUUGAAUGCUU